AUGGUAAUUUAUUUCCUCUACAAUCCUUUACCUGUGUUCGUCAAGGGGGAAAGUGCAAUUCUUCUGAUAGAGCAAGAUUCAUUGAUUUAAGAUAAAUGUUUGCACUUUUAAGUCUGAAAGUGGAGAAAUAGCGCAGCCAAAUGGCCUUAAAGAUUUUUGUAAUGCGCUAUUCCAUUGGUAUUGCAAUCGUUGUCACUCUCAUUGCUUUCUUCUUCACAUUUUACCUCAAACCCAAAUCUCAACAGAGAUUCUUCAGUGUUGAAGAACUGGCUUUGUACAAUGGGACUGAUGAAGGGUUGCCAAUCCUUUUAGGAAUUCUUGGGUCUGUCUUUGAUGUAACCAAAGGAAAGUCUCAUUAUGGACAGGGAGGAGGUUACAAUCAUUUUGCAGGAAGAGAUGCUUCCCGUGCAUUUGUUUCAGGAAACUUUUCAGGAGAUGGACUCACAGACUCAUUACGUGGUCUAUCCAGCAGUGAGGUUAAAAGCAUUGUUGAAUGGAGGGAUUUCUACUCUAGAAGUUACACAUUUGUUGGUAAGCUUGUCGGUCGUUACUAUAAUAGCGAAGGAAAUCCCACAAAAUAUUUGAAAGGAGCAGAAGCAAAGGCUGCAAGAGGUGCACAGCUUUUGGAGAAACAGAAGGUUGAAGAAGCUAAGCAAUCUAGCUGUAAUUCAAGAUGGAGUCAAGACGAGGGUGGAGAGGUCUGGUGUGAUGAUGGCUACCCAAGAUUAAUUCAGAGGCCCAUAGAAAUCGCCUUGACGGGUAAGAUGAGCAAGAGAUGUGCUUGCUUUAGCAAAGAAGAGCUGGAUCAAUCUGGAUUAGAAGUAUACGAAGGUUGUGAUUACCUCGGAAAGACUUGCCGAGUUUAAAGAAAAGGUCAAUACAAUCAUUCAAAUUCGUAUUAUAAUUCUUCCGCUCUAUCUCCUAGUUUUGGAUAUUUGAAUUCUUUUUUUUCUCCAUACAUAUGGUACAUUAGCAUAGGUAAUUAAAUGAAAUUCAAGCUUGAUGUUUGAGUAAUGGCAAUGUAUUUUUGAGUUGGUUCUUCUA